AUGGGUUCUUACUUCAAGCCAUCAAAGGAGCUUUGUCCUCAAUCCGGAGAAGAUGAAAGGGCCAUGGCUCAUAUAUCUUAUAUUAGUGGCGUUCGGAGUGUGAUGUAUGCCAUGGCCCGGGAGAAGGUAUUGGGAAGCUUUGAGCGGCUUCUAAGGUACUUGAAGGGUACCUCACAUGUUUUCUUGGAGUUUGGCCAACAUGCAAAUGGUGCAAUUGGAUAUUGUGAUUUGGAUUAUGGUGGAGACUUGAAUGAUCGGAAAUCAACUUCAGAUUAUGUGUUUACCUCGGGAGGUACGACCGUAAGUUGGCAAUCUUCUCUACAAGAUGUUGUAGCUCUUUCAACUACGAAAGUGGAGUUUAUAGUGAUUAUCGAGGCAUUCAAAGAGGAAAAGUGGCUUAAAGGUUUGGUCGGGGACAUUAGCUCGUAUUCUAAUUUAAGGAGGUGUCCAUCUUUUGUGAUAGCCACCAUUCACUUGGCUAAGAACCAAAACACGUUCCAUAAAAGAACGAAGCAUAUUGAUGUGAAGUACAACUUCCUCUGA